AUGAAAACUUCACCUACUUGCACAGUUUGUGGACAAUCCGCUGGUUCCUGUCAUUUUGGAGCUAUUUCUUGUAGAGCCUGCGCCGCAUUUUUCCGACGGAUCGUCGUCGGAAAAAAGAUGACAUCAGUGAUCCGAUGCGAUGGGAAUUGCAGAUUAGACACUCGAGUACUAAGAAAACUAUGCGCAUCUUGUCGAUACGAAAGGUGUCUUAAAGUGGGGAUGAAGUCUUCUGAAGUGAUGGCGAGAAUACUUUCGAAUCGGGGAGCAGGAUUGGGUGUCCUAGGUUUGAGCAAUGAAACGAGUUUUUUGGAACAAAUGAAAAGAGCUUAUUGGACGUUAGAGGAAGCGAGAAAGAAAUCGUUCAGGAAAGAGGAGAACCGCACUCCAAGUACUUCCAACUACAAAGACGCCAAUUCGAUAUGCGCCAUGGAUAUAAACCUAAUUCAUAAGUACUUCACUUCUUUAUUUCGAUUAUCGACAUCAACUGACAAUGAUCAACUUGAUCUCCUAAGCAAUCAAUUCUUGCCUGCAUUUAAAAUGCUCGAUGGAGGGUUUCGAUCCAAAGAUAGCGAUUUUUGUAUCCUUCUAAAUGGUGAUUAUGUGGACCCGGAGAACAUGGGUGAUUUUUACAGCGAUUCUAGUGAGGAUGAAGACAAUUCUGCAGCGGACACUGUGAAAAGAAUUUUGGAGCCGUAUUGGAAAAAGUUUAACCAUGGAUUGAAGAAACAUAUGAAGGAAAUUCAGUUAGACUUAUCAGAGUUUCUAUUUGCAAGUGCGUUGAUUUUCUGGGAUUUUGGAAUGUGCGGUCAGUCAAACGAGUGUGUUGAAAUAUGCAGAGAAAUGAGGACGAAAAUUAUCAAAGAAUUGAUAGAAUACGAAAGAAAUUUGAAAUCGCACAACGAUUAUUCGUUAAGAGUUGGAGAAAUUAUACUGGUUCUUCAUGUGGUUGAAAAAUCGUUGAUCACAAUUCAAGAGUGUAAAUAUGUUACGAUGGUUAAUGAGUUAUAUGGAAGAGAAUGUCCAUUGUUAAAGAAAUGCAAUUGA